AGUCAGACCUCAUCCCAAAUGGAUAAAAGCGGGAACCCCAACCACCUAAUAACCACUCCCCCAGGCGUUUCUCCACACACUCACACACACACACAAAUGGCGCUUUCUUCAGUGAAGCCAUUCUCCUCCAUCUUCUCAAAUUCAAAUCCACCAUUAUUCACAUCUGCUAAAACCCAGCAAAGUUUGAAGAAAAACAACAUAGACCUAUACCUAUCAAGAAGAGAUUUGAUGAAUGUUGGACUUUGUGUAAUGCCACUGGUCUUAUCCCCUCCUCCUCCGCCUUCCAUUGCUCGAGAAGUUGCAGUUGGUUCUUACCUGCCUCCUUCUCCUACUGAUACUUCUUUUGUUCUCUUCAAAGCCACUCCAAAAGACACUCCUGCUCUUCGUGCCGGAAAUGUGCAGCCUUACACGUUUAUUCUUCCUCCAACCUGGAAACAAACUCGUGUAGCUAACAUAUUAUCUGGAAAUUAUUGCCAACCCAAAUGUGCAGAGCCGUGGGUGGAGGUGAAGUUUGAAGAUGAAAAACAGGGUAAAGUUCAAGUGGUGGCUUCUCCUUUGAUCCGUCUCACAAACAAACCUAAUGCAACUAUUGAAGACAUUGGGACCCCUGAGAAAGUCAUUGCUUCUCUUGGUCCUUUUGUCACAGGAAACACAUUGGAUCCAGAUGAACUCCUUGAGACUUCUAUAGAGAAACGUGGUGAUCUAACGUAUUACAAGUACGUUCUUGAAACUCCAUAUGCCCUUACUGGAUCGCACAACCUAGCAAAGGCAACGGCUAAGGGAAAUACUGUCGUCCUCUUUGUGGUCAGUGCCAAUGACAAACAGUGGUCUUCAUCACAGAAAACUCUAGAGGCUAUUCUUGAUUCCUUUGAAGUGUAGUUCAUUCUCCUCUUGUCUUAAUCUAGAUGAACUGUCUUCAAUUUCACUGUGUUUCCAUACAUACAGUGCCAUGGGGUGAAUGGCUUGAAAAUGAUUUUUGUAAUGCAAUAAACAAGAAUUGUUUCUAUUGAACCCAGAUUAUAUCCUUCUUUUUA